AUGUAUAUAAAUACUCUGUUUUGGAAACAGAACCCAAAAGGGGCAAAAAACCAAGAAGACGAAAGUAAAAUGCAGAGAAACAAGAAGAGAGUCUUGCUCUCCUGUCUCAUCACCACGAUGCUCCUCCUAAUCUCCGCCGCAGAUUCCGUUAAAGACACGGCGUUGCGGCUCGAGUUAGCUCACCGAGACACUCUCUGGCCGAAUCCUCUCAGCCGCAUUGAGGACAUUAUCGGCGCCGACCAUAAGCGUCAUAGUCUGAUAUCUCGGAAUCGUAAGUACAAAGGAGGAGUGAAAAUGCCUCUAGGAUCAGGGAUCGAUUACGGAACGGCGCAGUAUUUCACGGAGGUUAGGGUUGGAACUCCGGCCAAGAAGUUCAGGGUGGUGGUUGAUACAGGGAGCGAGCUUACUUGGGUGAACUGCAAGUACCGUGGGAGAGGCAAAGGUAGAGUUGAGAACCGUAGAGUGUUCCGAGCUGAAGAAUCCAAGAGCUUUCGAACAGUUGGAUGCUUCACUCAGACUUGUAAAGUUGAUUUGAUGAAUCUUUUCUCACUCUCUACUUGUCCUACUCCUUCAACUCCUUGCUCCUACGAUUACAGAUAUGCGGAUGGGUCAGCGGCACAAGGCAUAUUCGCAAAGGAGACAGUCACGGUCGGUCUGACUAAUGGUCGCAAGGCUAGACUCCAUGGUCUCCUCAUUGGUUGUAGUAGCUCCUUUAGUGGACAGAGCUUCCGUGGAGCGGAUGGGGUUCUUGGUUUAGCCUUUAGUGAUUUCUCCUUCACUUCUACAGCCACUAGUCUCUUCGGAGCCAAAUUCUCCUACUGCCUUGUUGAUCAUCUCUCCCCCAAAAACGUCUCCAAUUAUCUUAUCUUUGGCUCUUCCUCCUCUGCCACCAAAAACGCCCCCGGACGAACCACCCCGCUUGAUCUCACUCUCAUACCUCCAUUCUACGCGAUAAGCGUCAUCGGAAUCUCCCUCGGAGAAGACAUGCUCGAUAUCCCCGCGCAAGUAUGGGACGCAACGACCGGUGGUGGGACAGUCUUGGACUCAGGAACUAGUCUCACGUUAUUGUCCGAAGCCGCCUAUAAACCUGUGGUUACAGGGCUCGCACGUUACCUUGAUGAGUUGGAAAGAGUCAAACCAGAAGGGGUACCGAUUGAGUAUUGUUUUAGUUCCACCUCCGGGUUCAACGAGAGCAAGCUACCGCAACUGACGUUUCACAUGAAGGGGGGUGCGCGUUUUGAGCCGCAUCGUAAAAGUUACCUCAUAGAUACUGCGCCUGGAGUCAAGUGCUUAGGGUUUAUGUCGGCGGGAACGCCGGCGACUAAUGUGGUCGGGAAUAUAAUGCAGCAAAAUUAUUUGUGGGAGUUUGAUCUAAUGGCCUCAACUUUGUCUUUUGCUCCCUCUUCUUGCACUUAGCUGUCUUGUCCAUCUCUCUUGUGUUUAUUACUAUUAUUACUUUGAUUAAUUGGAAUAUAUAUUGUUUUGUUA